CGAAUUUCUACAGGGCUGCCUUUAGUCGUACGUAAGUGCCCCUGCUACACGAGACUUGGGGUCUCUUUCGUAGGAGAAUUUUACUUUGCUUUUGGCGGAAACCAGAGAGAACAAUGAACCUAUCCAACUUGAGUAAUUACGAGAACAGUCAUCUGUCAGUUGUUUCGACCCUGAUUUGCUGAUUUAUCCUUGAAUUCUUGACUGUUCCUGCUUGAGUUCUUUUCGAGUCCAUCCUGGAGCAGGCGUCGAUCGUUUCGGCGGAUAAGCCAAAACCGAAAGCCCCACUAUCUCGCUUAAAAGCAAAGAGAACCUCGACAGUUCAACAACUUUUCCUACGCAACAUCGUCCUCAGCAACCACCGAAAUCUGUCUGUAUUUCGAGCAGAACCCUACCAGAACAAUGGGCCAACCAUCCUCCGAGGCGUCGAACGCCAUCAUCUAUACUACCUUAGGAGUUUUCCUGAUCAUGGGAACCGGUGUUGCCUGGACGCUGAGAAACCAAACCAAGGGGGAAUAUCUCGCCGGCAACAGGACUCAGACGGCUAUUCCGCUCGCUCUGAACUUCAUCGCUUCCGCUCUCGGAUCUGGUAUUCUUUUCACUUAUCCAGAAAUUGCCACGUUGGCCGGUCUUCAGGGCGUGCUUGUCUAUGCUUUGGCUUCCGCACUCCCGCUGUUCGUCUUCUCCUCACUGGGCCCUAUCAUCAGACGCAAAUGCCCUGAGGGUUUCGUCCUCACGGAGUGGACCAGACAGCGCUAUGGAACCGUCACGGCCUUGUACCUGAGCUUCGUGACGCUGGUUACGCUCUUCCUGUACAUGGUUGCCGAACUGUCCGCUAUUGGUCAGGUUGUCGAAACCUUGACUGGCCUUAACGGGUUGCCGGUCAUCAUCGUCGAGUGUGUAAUCACGACCAUCUAUACCUCAUUGGGCGGAUUCCGAAUCUCUUUCAUUACAGACAACAUCCAGGGAGCGAUGGUGAUCGGACUCAUCGUCAUCGCAGCCAUUGCCAUCGGCGUCGAGACCAAGAUCGAUACCAGCCUGAUCGAGCCCUCGGGUCUUCUAAAGGAGAACCUCUUGGGUUGGCAGCUUCUCUACAUCCUCCCGGUUGCCAUCUUGACGAACGACUUCUUUUUGUCCAACUUCUGGCUCCGUACCUUUGCCUCCAAGACCGACCGUGAUCUCUGGAUCGGUGUCACCCUCGCCGCCCUUAUCAUCCUCAUUAUUAUCACCAUGAUAGGCUGCACCGGUCUCAUCGCCGCCUGGUCCGGCGUCUGGCCCGGCUCGGACCCGGAAAACCCCCUCCCCGGUUCCAUGACCUUCUUCGGCCUGCUUGAGAAUCUUCCUGCCUGGGUUGUCGGCUUCGUCCUCGUCAUGUCUGUCAGCCUCAGCUGCGCCGCCUUCGAUUCGCUUCAGUCCGCCAUGGUCUCGUCCGCCAGCAACGAUCUGUUCCGCAACAAGCUCAACGUGUGGUGGAUCCGCGGCGCCGUGGUUCUGGUCAUCAUCCCCACCGUGGUCCUCGCCAUCAAGGCGCCCUCGAUCCUGCAGAUCUACCUCAUUUCCGAUCUCGUCUCUGCCGCCACCAUUCCCGUGCUGGUCAUUGGCUUGUCCGACCGGUGCUACUGGUUCCGCGGCUUUGAGGUGGUCGUCGGCGGGUUGGGCGGUAUCUUCACCGUCUUCAUCUUCGGCGCUAUCUACUACAAGGACGCAUACAAGGGCGCUCAGCUGAUGCUGCUCGAGGACGGCAUCUACCAGGAGGGCUGGGCUGCGUUCGGCGCCUUCGUGGCUGCCCCCGUCGGCGGUCUUGUGUGGGGCUUCGGAGCCCUUGCGCUUAGACUGGCGGUGCAGUGGGUUCAGGCCAAGAGGAAGGGUGUGCGAUUCGACGCCCUAGACCGCCCGGUUGUGAUGGAGGGAGAGGGCGAUGCGGUCCAGUAUGUUGCUGGCGGAGACUUGGAGACUAUCUUGAGCACUGGACAGGAGUCUGGGGCUGGAAAGAUUCCUGGCAAGUUCUUUUGAGCGUUGUCUAUAUGCUUUGCACCCUAUUGUCAGGGCGCAAAGGCCUUGGAGAUGCAUGGACGGCAUGCUUGCCAUGACCGUCCAGACGUCCCCUAUCGGGGCGAGCGAGGGAAUAGCUAACGACAAAAAGGGGGCUGGGACAGUGAGGUAAAGGAGGUUCAAGCUGUGGAGGUUGAAGGAUUAAUGGGAAGUUUUGGCGAUGGAUAAUAUAGGGGGUUGUGUUUUGGUUGAGCUUUCGAUUCUCUUUGUCGUCACAUAUUGUCGGGUGGGUUCAUGUCCCCACCCCUCCCUUGUCUUAUCGUGUGGGUCCAUGCCCUCACACCCUUCUAUAUUUUAGCCCUCCACAUUUCUUUUCCCUUUCUUCUCUAGUCUUCUCUCUAUAGCAUAUAUAUUUAUACAUUGUUUUGCUCUCUA